AUGUCUGGCUGGACCCAGAAUUUGGCUCUUCCUGGCAGGUGAGCUGUUUUUUUUAUGUUUUUUGCUUUAGGAAGACGAAUAAUGAAAUGUUUCAUUUGGAAUUUUUAUAAUAAUGUGCAUGUCCAUAACAAUAUGGGGUUUAAAGGUGAAAAUAUUAUGAUAAAGAGGAAUGUGUUUAGAAACUUUAGAAAUAUUUUUAAAAAUAAGUUUUUAUAGGGUCAAUCGUGGAAUUUUUUCUCCUAAAAUGAAAUUAAUCUGGGUGUUAACUUAGAUUAUCAUUGAUUUUUCUUUCUGACAGUUAACUUUUCUUUAACUUGCGUUUUCAAGCGCUUUCUUGGGAUAUUGAACUUGUUUUUUGGAGUUCCGAGUGAUAAAUCAGCAAAAAGUAAUGAACAGCGAAACAAUCAAAGGUUGAUCUUGCUUGCGAUUUACUUUCUUAGGGGGUUACGUGGAUAAGACGGUGUUUAUUAUAUUGUUUUAAAUUUUAAAUAGAUGUUUGUAAAAUACGGUAUAUUUUAUUCACUUAAUUUUCUUUAUAAAAGCUUAUUUUUUAAUUAUUUUAUAUUUUUAAAAUAUUUUGUCAAAAAUAGACGUUAUAUUUUAUGUUGUUGUAGUGUUCGCCCAGUAUACGGUGCACGAUAUCCUGUUCCUCCUGAAUCUGCUCAAUCUACAAGCACAUCUCAAAAGCCAACUAAACUUGAAGAAUCUGUACCUUCUGUUCCUUCAAUGACAGGAAAAACGCAGCAACGAUUUAAACAAUAUGAACAUAGGUAUGUUUUACACUUGUUUAUUUUUUUCAGUUUUUAGGUAACAAAACAACUUAAAAUUCUAAAGAAGCUUAGAAAAUGUAUAUUUAGACUUCUGGUGCAUCACAAUAUUUUUAAGUAAAAAUCAUUAUUGGCAAAAAUUAAAAAAGAACUUUUGUUUCAGCGUAUCAGAUGUGUGGGAUACGGAUGUGACCGUGAAUAAUGCGUUAGCUCAUGAAUCUGCGAAUCACGUACUAGCACAACAUGCCAACUCAUUUAAGAAUGACACUCCACCUUCACAUACUUCUAUUUACCCGAAACUCAACGACGACUCACCUCCAUCUUAUCCAUGGUCGAAUUCUACUCCUAUCAAAGCUCAAAAGCCUAUGCACACUCAAAAAGGUAUAAAUCUUUACUUUUCUUUUUUACUUUAGAUAUCACUGAAUAUUAGCUAUUAUUUAAAAAUUAAUCAUGGGUAUACAAGAUAAAACUGUAAUAAUUAUGUGUUUAUAAUUAAACUUUAUUUAGGCGACGAAGGUCGUUUUGGGCGUCUAAGACGUGUAGUAAAAGUUAGUGGUCAUUGUGAUCCAUCAAAUGUUCCUCAGAACCAUAUGAUUGACAUAGAGCAACUACGCAAAGAUUGUUGGCUGGGUAUACCGAAUAACAUACGUCCUAUGGCUUGGAGAAUAUUAUCGGUAAGUCGUCUUGAACUGUUUUUUCUAUUCUUUUCUAAAUGUUAGAAACAAUUGAUGUAAAACAUUGUUUUCUUAACAAUUUUAAUGCGUUUUAAGGUUAUUUGAAGGCUUUUUAGCAUAUGUUUUGUUUUAUAUUAUACUGUAUUACUUUAGGGUUACGUACCAGUCAACUACGACCGCCAACAAACCACAUUAGACCGAAAACGCAACGAAUAUUGGAACUAUGUCGAACAAUACUUCCACACUCGUUACGAUGAACAACAACAAGACACAUUCAGACAAAUUCAUAUCGACAUUCCUCGUAUGUGCCCAUUAGUACCACUUUUCCAACAAAAACUGGUGCAAGAAAUAUUCGAACGAAUAUUAUACAUCUGGGCCAUCAGACAUCCUGCCAGUGGUUAUGUUCAAGGUAUCAACGACCUGGUUACUCCCUUCUUCGUGGUCUUUUUAAGUGAAUUCAUAUCAGAUGGAGCAGAAGUGGGCACGUACGAUGUAGCGCAAAUUCAGAGGAAAACAUUGGAAGCUAUUGAAGCCGACUCAUUUUGGUGUUUUACAGCGUUAUUAGAUACGAUUCAGGACAACUAUACGUUUGCACAACCUGGGAUUCAACGAAAAGUGGCAGAAUUAAAGUAUCUUGUAGGUAGAGUAGAUGGAGAACUGACAAAACAUCUUGAACGACAUCAAGUCGAGUUUCUACAGUUUGCAUUCAGAUGGAUGAACAACUUGUUGAUGAGGGAGAUACCGUUAAGAGCAACGAUACGGCUGUGGGACACUUAUUUGGUAAGAUAUUUGGAGAUUUUGGGGGAAAUUGGGAUGAUAUUAGGUUUUUCAAAUAAUUUUGUGUUUACACUCAAAGCAAAUUUUUGGGGGCUGGGGCUCAGAAGUAUUUGAACAAUCUAAUAAUUAAUUUUUUUGGUGAUGAUAUGUUAUGUUAUUGCUGGUUGUGAAGGUUUACAUGAUUUUAGAGUGAACGUAAUGGCUUCUCACAGUUUCAUACCUACGUUUGUGUAGCUUUUCUACGGUUGUGGAGCCGGCAAAUUCAAAAAGAAAGAGAUUUUCAGGUAAAUAUUUAAAAUUUUUAUUUUAAAAACUUUUUUUAAAUUUUUUUGCGGAAUUUAUAAAAAUUUUAAUAUAGUCAGUAAGCAUAGCAUAAAAACCUUAUUUUAGGGUGCCAUGAUCCUGCUCCAAAACCUCCCGACCCAAAACUGGUCAGACCAACAGAUUUGCGAACUCACCGCCGACGCCUACAGCUUAAUGCAGGUCUUUCACGGUGCGAAACGCGAGAUUCCGGUCCAUUCAGGCACUUUCUAA